UGGCUUUCUCUCCGCCAGAGGGCGCCGGCCAUCGGAGGCGGCGGCGGCGGGCCGACAGGCCGAAGCGCAGCGCAGCCCAGCGGACGGAAGGAGCGGGCCGCCGGAGAUGCAUCCGGGCACGCUUCUGUGCCUGCUGCUGGCCUGGGCCUGGGCCCGGGCCAACCCCGACGCCAAGAGGCUGUACGACGACCUGAUGAGCAGCUACAACCGACUCAUCCGACCCGUGACCAACAACACCGACACCCUCACCGUCAAGAUGGGCCUCAAACUCUCCCAGCUCAUCGACGUGAACCUGAAGAACCAGAUUAUGACCACCAACGUCUGGGUCACGCAGAAAUGGUCGGACCAUAAAUUGAUGUGGGAUCCCGAAGAGUACGGAGGAGUGCAGCAACUCUACGUUCCUGCCGAGCAGAUCUGGCUGCCGGAUAUCGUGCUGUACAACAACGCCGACGGCAACUACGAGGUGACCAUCAUGACCAAGGCCAUCAUCUACAGCAAUGGGACUGUGGUGUGGAACCCUCCCGCCAUCUACAAGAGUUCCUGCCAGAUCGACAUUCAGUACUUUCCCUUCGACAACCAGAUGUGCUUUAUGAAGUUCGGAUCGUGGAGUUACGACGGAUACCGGGUGGAUCUCAAGCAUUUGCACGAGAUCGAAAACGAAGACGUCGUGCCCAUCGGGAUCGACCUGACCGAGUUCUACUUGAGCGUGGAAUGGGACAUUAUGGAAGUUCCCGCUAAAAGAAAGGAGAAAUACUACAGUUGCUGCGAAGAACCCUACCCGGACAUCACCUUCAACUUGACCAUCCGUAGAAAGUCUCUCUUCUACACCAUCAACCUCAUCAUUCCCUGCGUGGGCAUCUCCGGGCUCUCCGUGCUGGUCUUCUACCUUCCCUCCGACAGCGGCGAGAAAGUGUCGCUCUGCGUUUCCAUUCUUCUAUCGCUCACCUUUUUUUUCCUGGUUCUGGCCGAAAUCAUCCCCUCCACUUCCCUGGCCAUGCCCCUCCUGGGCAAGUACCUGGUCUUCACCAUGAUCCUGGUGACGCUGUCGGUCAUAGUCACCAUCGCCGUGCUCAACGUCCACUUCCGCUCUCCCUCCACCCAUCGCAUGUCCCCCUGGGUGCGGCGAGUCUUCAUUCGCACCCUCCCCCGCUGGUUGCUCAUGCGCCAGCCCCAGUACAAAAUCGAAACGGACAGCGAAGACAGCAAGGACGGUUCCAAGAGUAACGGGACGGAACCCUACCUCAAGGACCCGCUGGGAAACAACACCGAGAAGCACCCGGGCACUUCCCACUUCCGUCGGGCCGCUUCCGACGACGUCAUCAUCCACGAACUGGAAUCCAGCCCGGGAAUGGUGGAGAGGCGAUACCCCCGCGAGAUCGAGAGGGCCAUCCACAACGCCAUGUUCAUCGCCCAACACAUCGACAACCAGGACGACUUCGACAGCAUCAAAGAAGACUGGAAGUACGUGGCCAUGGUGCUGGACAGGCUCUUCCUGUGGCUCUUCACCGGCGCCUGCAUCGCCGGAACGGUGGGAAUCUUCCUGCAGGCCCCGCACCUGUACGACCAGGAGAAGCCCAUCGACGUCAAGAUCUCCAAAGUGCCCCACUUCCAGGCGGAGCUGCCCACCGACUACGCCGACACCUAGGGGUCCCGGCCAGAGACACGGACCGCGACGGGCCACUCGCCCCUCUCUUCCGUCCCGGCCGCGGACACCCUUUCCGGUUUUAUCGCCGGGGACCGGGACCGGAGCCGCGCUUCUUCCGGGCGGCGGUCGAGUUCUUAGGAGCUUCCCUCGGAGCUUUUAGUCUGUAGAGUGUCGACUUUAAAUAAAGCAAGAUGCACUUUCUCGUCUCCUUCUGGCGGCUGCCGUUA